CUGCCGCCCUAUCGACACUUCAGCGCAUGCGCCGGAACAAACAGCAUUUCCGGGUCAGACAUGUAAUAUUAACAGACUGGUGUACUCUUGAGCAUCGACAGAACAUUGGAAACCAAUGAUUCCCAUAUGUCCAGUUGUCUCCUUCACCUAUGUGCCCAGCCGGCUUGGUGAAGAUGCCAAAAUGGCUACCGGCAACUACUUUGGAUUUACCCAUGGUGCCGCCGCUCAGUACAGCCAGCAGCCCACUGCUGGGUUAGCAUACACUCAUCCCACCACAGUGGCCAGUUACACUGUUCAUCAAGCACCUGUGGCAGCACACACCGUGGCAGCAGCUUACGCACCCACCGCAGCUACCGUUGCCGUGGCGAGGCCUGCGCCCGUUGCCGUGGCAGCGGCUGCUACUGCUGCAGCUUACGGAGGUUACCAGCCGACUCACCCGACCACGGAUUACGGCUACGCACAGCGGCAGGCCGAGGUCCCUCCACCGCCACCUCCGGUCACCUCCCAGAACUACCAGGACUCUUACUCCUACGUGCGCUCGACGGCAACAGCUGUGGCUUAUGACAGUAAACAGUACUACCAGCAGCCCACCGCCACCGCAGCCGUUGCUGCUGCACAACCGCAGCCCAGCGUGGCAGAUUCCUACUACCAGACAGCUCCCAAAUCGGGCUACAGCCAGGGCGUAACAUCAUACACACAGAGCCAGCAGACUCGGCAGGUGACUGUGAUAAAGCCGGCUGCUCCCAGUCCAGCUUCUUCCACCUUCUCCAUCUACCCGGUGACAUCCACCGUCCAGCCUGUCGCUGCUGCAGCGUCUGUCGUCCCGUCUUACUCUCAAAGCCCCACAUACAGCACCAGUGCUGUCACCUACUCUGGACCUUCGUACUCCGGCUACGAGGCAGCAGUGUACUCUGCAGCCUCCAGCUACUACCAGCACCAGCAGCAGCAGCAGCAGAAGCAAGCGGUUGCCGCUGUGGCAGCAUCUGCAGCCUGGACGGGGAACACCUUCACCAAGAAACCCCCCUUCCAGAGUAAGCAGCUCCGGCCCAAGCAACCACCCAAGCCCCCCCAGAUACACUACUGCGAUGUGUGCAAGAUCAGCUGUGCAGGUCCCCAGACCUACAAAGAACACCUGGAAGGUCAGAAGCACAAGAAGAAGGAGGCAGCGCUCAAAGUGUCUCAGAGCAGCAGCAGCAGCAGCAGCAGCAGUUCUGGUGGCGGCUCGCUGGCUCGGAACGCUCAGAACCAGCUCCGCUGUGAGCUCUGCGACGUCUCCUGCACCGGUGCCGAUGCCUACGCUGCUCACAUCCGAGGAGCCAAGCACCAGAAGGUUGUGAAGCUUCACACCAAACUUGGAAAGCCCAUUCCCUCCACAGAGCCCAGUAUGAUCACCCAGACAUCCUCCUUCACCACAGCAGCUCCCAGUAAGACCACCACGGCCACCCCCAACAGUUCCAGCUCCUCCAGCUCGCUGUGUCUGUCCUCCAGCUCCUCCACCUCCUCCAGCCUCAGCGCUCCCUACCUGAAACCGGUCAGCCUCGUCAGCGGCGGCGUGAAGAGCCCGCUGAACAGCAGCCUCUCCGCCGCCGCCGGGAAGAAAGUCAACGCCCCCAAGAUCAACUUUGUUGGUGGGAAUAAACUGCAGACAUCAGGGAAGAUGGACGAGACUCGAGCGGAGGUCAAAGCGGACUCGUCCAAACCCGCGACGCCAGCUUCGGGUUCCCAGGACGCCAAGACGGAUGUUUCUGAUGCGUUGUCCACGUCUGCGCUGGCGGCUCUGCAGAGCGACGUCCAGCCUGUUGGUCAUGACUACGUUGAAGAAGUCAGGAACGAUGAAGGAAAGGUCAUCCGUUUCCACUGCAAGCUGUGUGAAUGUAGCUUCAACGAUCCAAACGCUAAAGAGAUGCACCUGAAAGGUCGGAGGCACCGCCUGCAGUACAAGAAAAAGGUGAACCCAGAUCUGCAGGUGGAGGUGAAGCCCAGCAUCCGAGCCAGAAAGAUCCAGGAAGAGAAGAUGAGGAAACAGAUGCAGAAAGAAGAAUACUGGAGAAGAAGAGAGGAGGAGGAGCGCUGGAGGAUGGAGAUGAGGCGUUAUGAAGAAGACAUGUACUGGAGACGGAUGGAGGAGGAGCAGCACCACUGGGAUGACCGGCGGCGUAUGCCAGAUGGAGGCUACCCACAAGGACCUACUGGCCCUCCGGGUCUACUCGGAGUCCGGCCUGGCAUGCCUGGUCUGCAGCCUCAGGGCCCCAUGCCUCCCCGUCGUCCCGAUUCCUCCGACGAUCGCUACGUCAUGACCAAGCAUGCGGCCAUUUAUCCGUCGGAAGAUGAGCUCCAGUCCAUCCAGAAGAUCGUCUCCAUCACUGAGCGCGCCCUGAAGCUGGUGUCGGACAUAAUCACCGACCAGGAGGACGACAGCGAGGACGACAAAGAGAAGAAAGAGCCGACCAAAGAAAGAGCCCUGAAGGGAGUGAUGAGGGUCGGCGUCCUGGCUAAAGGCUUGCUGCUUCGUGGAGACAAGAACGUCAACCUGGUGCUGCUCUGCUCCGAGAAGCCGACUAAGAGCCUCCUCACCUGCAUCGUGGAGCACCUGCCCAAGCAGCUGACAGUGGUAACUCCAGAAAAGUAUGAGGUUAAGGGAUCGGUCCAGGAGGCCGCAAUCAUUCUGACAUCCUGUAGCGAGCCAAAGAUGCAAGUGACUAUCACACUGACUUCACCGGUCAUCCGAGAGGAAAAUAGUCGGGAUGGAGAUGUAACCUCGGGUAUGGUGAAAGACCCAGCGGACGUCUUGGACAGGCAAAAAUGCCUUGACGCUCUGGCUGCUCUGCGCCACGCUAAGUGGUUCCAGGCUAGAGCCAAUGGUCUUCAGUCCUGUGUGAUCAUCAUCCGGAUCCUGAGAGACCUCUGUCAGCGAGUCCCGACCUGGUCGUCGUUCCCUGGAUGGGCGAUGGAGCUGCUGGUGGAGAAGGCCAUCAGUAGUGCAUCUGCUCCCCUCAGUCCUGGUGACGCUCUGAGACGCGUCUUUGAAUGUAUUUCUUCUGGGAUUUUACUCUCUGGCGGACCAGGACUGAUGGAUCCGUGUGAGAAGAAGCCAGUGGACACUUUGGUACUGAUGGGGGAGCAGCAGAGGGAGGACAUCACAUCCAGCGCUCAGUUUGCUCUGAGGCUGCUGGCGUUCCGUCAGAUCUACAAGGUUCUGGGCAUGGACCCUCUUCCACAGAUGAACCCCCGCUUCAACAUCCGCAACAGCCGCAAGCGUCGCCGUGACAACAGCGACGGCACGGACAGCUUCGAAGGCGAAGGCAAAAAAGACAAGAAAGAUUACGACAGCGUUUAAUGGGUUUCCUUCUUAUUUAAGCUAACGUGUAACCAAUGUGUACUAAACGUGUUCGCCUGUCUCCGUGUUGGGAAUUUUCUUUCCGUACAAGCUAAAGAAAAAUGUAACGCAAAGAAAAAUGUGGAUCUGUGUAUUUUAAUUGUAGAUUUCCUAAAGCCAGUUCUCUGCUCGAUAAAAUCCCACCUGGUGAAGCAGGUUUUACCCCACAAGCUUCUCGCAUCACAAGUGGUGGUUCUGACCGGUUCCAGCUGGUUUCAACCGGUUCAGGCCGGGUGCAACCUGAACCGUCCAGUUGCACCUGGAGCUGACGAGUUCCAAACUGUUCCAGCUAGAUCCAACCGCUUUGACUGACCAGUUUCCGACUGUUUCCGAACAAUCUGACAGGUUCCGACCGGUUUCCCACUUGAUCCAACCAGAUCAGACUGGUUUUGAACAGUUCCGACCACUUUCUGACUUCAUCUGACCGGAUCUGACUGUUUUUGACCGGAUUCCACCGGUUCCAAUGACUUUGACUGAAUCUGACCAGUUCCAACCGGAUCUGCCUGGUUCUGACCGGUUCCAAACGGUUCCAGCCGGAUCUGCCUGGUUCUGACCGGUUCCAUGUCAGACUGGUUCCAAACGGUUCCAACCGGAUCUGCCUGGUUCUGACCGGUUCCAAACGGUUCCAACCGGAUUUGCCUGGUUCUGACCCGUUCCAAACGGUUCCAACUGGAUCUGCCUGGUUCUGACCGGUUCCAUGUCAGACCGGUUCCAAACAGCUGCAACCGGAUCUGCCUGGUUCUGACCGGUUCCAUGUCAGACCGGUUCCAAACAGCUGCAACCGGAUCUGCCUGGUUCUGACCGGUUCCAAACGGUUCCAACCGGAUCUGCCUGGUUCUGACCGGUUCCAAACGGUUCCAGCCGGAUCUGCCUGGUUCUGACCGGUUCCAUGUCAGACUGGUUCCAAACGGUUCCAACCGGAUCUGCCUGGUUCUGACCGGUUCCAAACGGUUCCAACCGGAUUUGCCUGGUUCUGACCCGUUCCAAACGGUUCCAACUGGAUCUGCCUGGUUCUGACCGGUUCCAUGUCAGACCGGUUCCAAACAGCUGCAACCGGAUCUGCCUGGUUCUGACCGGUUCCAAACGGUUCCAACCGGAUCUGCCUGGUUCUGACCGGUUCCAAACGGUUCCAACCGGAUCUGCCUGGUUCUGACCGGUUCCAUGUCAGACCGGUUCCAAACAGCUGCAACCGGAUCUGCCUGGUUCUGACCUGUUCCAAACGGUUCCAGCCGGAUCUGCCUGGUUCUGACCGGUUCCAUGUCAGACUGGUUCCAAACGGUUCCAACUGGAUCUGCCUGGUUCUGACCGGUUCCAUGUCAGACCGGUUCCAAACAGCUGCAACCGGAUCUGCCUGGUUCUGACCGGUUCCAAACGGUUCCAGCCGGAUCUGCCUGGUUCUGACCGGUUCCAUGUCAGACUGGUUCCAAACGGUUCCAACCGGAUCUGCCUGGUUCUGACCGGUUCCAAACGGUUCCAACCGGAUUUGCCUGGUUCUGACCCGUUCCAUGUCAGACUGGUUCCAAACGGUUCCAACCGGAUCUGCCUGGUUCUGACUAGAUCUAACCGGUUCCUACAGGUUCCAAACAGUUCAGAUCAGCUCUGAGUGGUUCCGGCCGGUCUCGACUGGAUCUGACCAAAUCCGCCCAGUUCCAGCUGGAUCUAACCGGCCCCGAGCGGUUGCGACCGGGUUGGCGAGGCGGGAAUGUGGACGGCUGCAUCCAGACUUCGGUGUUGUUCCUGUUUUUGUUUUGUAUGAACAGCUGACUGCAGGUGAUGUUUAGCGCUGUGAUGUCACCUUGGCGCCGCUGACGAACACCGACGAGGCAUUUCUCACAUCUCACGUUAAUCUCUGAGUCGGCAAGUUGUUGAGCUAAAACAAACUUUCUUUCUUUUCAUAAAACCUGAGAAAAAG